AUGCAACGAGAAGAAAAACAAUUAGAAGCUACAUUACAUGCAAUACUGAACAGAGUUAACGAUCUUAAAGCAGCUAUACAGGCACUAAUAACCAAAUUAGAAAAUGAAUAUGAAACGAUUAACUGGCCGACAUUCCUCGACAAUUAUGCUAUUUUAUCUGGACAUUUGACAGGUCUUAGUAAAAUUCUUCAAUCUGAAGUUGCACCAUCUUUGAGGUCUGUAGUAGUUCUGCCACUGCAGUUGGGUUGUGAAAGGGAUGAAGCAUUAGCACGUUUAACAGAAGGAAGGGUUCCAGCCUGCACUCAUGACUUGGUGCCAGAUUUAUUGAGAACUAAACCAGAACCACAAGCUGAACAACGUCUACAGCAGUUUAACCACAAAGCCAGUACCCUCAGUCAUGAUACAGCCCAGAAACAAGUAGCGCAAUUCACGAAAGUUAUUAGCCAUGUAUGGGAAAUUAUAUCUAAGGGACGUGAAGACUGGGAAGGAGAAUCUAUGAGAUCAGCAGGUAUGCAGCCUACUCAUAGUAUAGCCGAUACACAUGCAUUGGUUACUGCUGUGGGAACAGGAAAAGGACUCCGUCCUGGCAUGCCGUCUAUAGUGCCGCCAGGAGUAGGCGCUCCCGGAAUGGGGCCAUCACGUGGGCCUGCGCCACAACUCGGCCCAUCUGCACCCACUAUGCCUAAAGCACCCUCUGCUAUCAAAACAAAUAUUAAAGCUGCUAACCAAAUUCAUCCAUAUCAAAGA